GGUCGCCACACCUGCUGUCUGACUCGCCAUGGCUGCCCCGUGCUCCCUCCCUCCCCUGCCAAACGUCACCCGCCGAACCCUCGACUCCAUCCCCCGCCCCCGUCAGCUCUCGACCAACCUUCCAAUUGCCCCUCUUGACUAAUCCGCCCAUGGUCAUCAUGGCCGAUUUCGUCCAAACCUUCACCCAUUUCAAUCACGCCCAGAGACAGCAGGCCCUGACCCUCUUGACGGCAGAGCUGACUCCCUACGAGUGGAGGUACCUCCAUGCUCUGACCAACUCCCGCUCAUUCCAGCUUGACAUUAUUGGCCGCCUGCCCAUCGAGUUGGUCGCUCAUAUCUUCACUCACUUGGAUCCCGCCGCCCCUUAUCGCUUCCAAAUAGUCUCAACCCGGUGGCGCUAUAUUCUUCAAAGCCUCCCUGUGCUCAAGGCCGGCCUCAAUUCAUGGUACCAGGGUGUGGCGAAUCCCAGUGACUUCGAACAUGACACUUUAUGCCAGCGCGCAGCCAGGAGAAUCCACCGCUUCCGUACCGGAAGACCACUCGGCAUUUACAAGAUAACGUCAGACGAACAGAUAGCCUGUCCCAGCCUGCUUGGUGACUACCUUGUAUGGCUGUCCGGGACCCCGCAGACAUCACCAAUGCGUGUUGCCUGUAUAUUCAAUCUGCAAAAUUGGGACCUUGGCCACGUAGCCGGAGAAGCACGUGAACAACUGAUUAACCUGGUGCUUUCGGACCAAAUCGUGGUGCUUGUCACUGCCGCCAACAUGUGUUACGUCUACGAGCUGCCCACCCUCUCGCAGCGAAAGAAAUUCAGGGUGCCUUCCGCAAGCUACCUGCAGAACGUGACUUGUCGUCGGAGUACCGUAGCCUGCCUUGCCUCGCUUGACAUGCACAUAUCUGUCUUCAUCUGGGACUACAAUACACAGCGGGGAACAUCGUUUACCAUUAGCCAUGACUCUGACAUGUUUCUUAGUACGCACGGCCCGAGAGGAUUGCUACACAUAGCACCUCUCGUACAACCCGAGAGCGAGACAAUCAUCCUCAUGUUCGUCAUGGACACGCCUACAGAAACACCAAAUCAAACCUUGUUUGUAUGUGCCAGAUACACUUUUCGGGGCCAUUGCGUUAGCUCUUUCUCUCCAAGUCUUCCAGAGCUCAGACCACUUUUGGUUUGGCACGGCGUAACGCCCUUUGUCCCAGUAGACGAUUCAGGCAACGUCUUUGCGGCACGUGUGAACACAACGAAUCCAAACUCUCAACCACCUAACGCUUCGAUUGUCUCCCUACUCCUCAGAUUCGAUACAAAGACCAACGACUUGAGAGUAUGGGAGGACCCGAUACAUCGCAGUAAUAGCCCCCGCGGCAUUAAUGACUAUCGAGCUUCUUGGUGGAAGGAUACUUGGUAUGGAUUCCAUCCGUCCGUGGAAACCAAAAAUAUCAUCACCUUCAUGGGUACACAGGAUAAAGCAGCCUGCAUACCAAUCUCUUCAGACCCCUACAGCGAAGUCACAAAUGUCAAUAUUCCCACAGAGCCUUUAUUUGUCCAUGAAAGGUAUGUCGUCAGAGUUAUGUCUGAAAAUAUAUAUCUGCUGUGCUUCCACGGAAGCUUUGUUCGACCAACAAUGGGAUGCACCUCUUUCAUGAACGGAACGAUUAGAGUCUUGAGUUAGUACGUUCGACGGACUCUGUGAACGCGACUAAGAGCAUCAUUCUUAUACUAUGAGAUGGCCGCCCGAAUAUCUUUGCGGACGUCGUUGCCGUGGUGUGGAAGUCUUGGAGUGGUCACGUUACCAUUUCUGUUAGCGACUACUGGCACUACUUCGCCACCAUAGAAAACUAGAGUUAGACUAUUACCAAGAUUGCCCAGCAAAAGCAAUGGGGGAGAAUUUUAGACCUGUC